UGGCCGAGUGAUUUUUUUGUUCCUUUGUGCAUUUAAUUCUUUACUCGCAUUGAUCGAUUGAAAAUAUUUAAUUGUCAUCAAAAAUUGGAAGAAUUUUUUUUUGCAAAAAUGGUUGGUGAAUCGAAAAAAGAUAAAAUUCGUGAUAUGCUCAAAGGUAUUGAACUUUAUAAUCCAAACAAUCUAACAAUAUUGUUACAAUAUUUGGAUGAACAAUGUGCCGAUAAUCAUUAUGAUUUGGAAGCUAAUCUGACCAUUCUUCGUUUGUAUCAAUUUCGAAUGAACACUGAAUUUGGUGAAGAAGAAUUGGAUAAAGAUGCUAUUAAAAAAGUUAUUAUUAAAAUUUUAUUGAAAGCAUUGACUGCAUUACCGAAUACGGAUUUUAUUCUUUGUAAAAGUUUAAUUCAUCCAAGUUUGUUGGAUGAAGAAACAAAUAAUGAUGAUGAAUUAAAACAUGUUCUUAAUCUACAUCAAUUAUUGGAAACAUGUAAUUUUGAAGAAUUUUGGACCGUAUUACGUACUGAACCAGCUGUUUAUUUGAAUAUAACCGGUUUCGAGGAUUCAAUUCGAAAAUUUAUCUGUUAUGUUGUAAAAAUUACCUAUCAAACAAUGCGAAAAGAUUUAUUGGGUAAAAUAUUGGGUGGUUUGGAUGAAACCCAGUUGAAAUAUUGGAUCAAAAUAAAUGAAUGGGAAGAAAAAGAAUCGGAAUUUGUUUUCAUUUCAAAUCAAGAAGAAUUGAUUAAAUCAAAAAAUAUUAAAGAAAAAAUUGAAUUUGAUAAUGUUGCACGAGUAGUAGCCGCUUAUGCUAAACAAUAAAGAAUUGUAUUCUUUUUUCUUUUAAUAAUCAUUAAUAUUUUUCAAAUUAAACAAUGAAAUAAAUGAAUUUUUUUUU